GUUCAUUUUUAGCCGCGGAGCCAGUAAGACGUGUUUCCUGCCCUCUUUCUUUGAGUCUGCGACACGUUUUAAGUGCUCUUCCCCAAUUGACAACAUCAAAAGCAAAGAAUAAAAAAAUAACAAAAAGAAAAAAACGAAAACCAUCGUGAACAGUUUUGUGUUUUUAAAUCAGUUCUAAACACGAAAAGGGUUGAUGAAAAACGCAAAAGAAUCCGAAAAACUAACUAAUCGAGCAAAAACUUGACUUGAGUGUUGUUUGACAAAUCAAGAAAGAUAAAAACAAAUCAUAACAAAAAACUGCACGAAAAAUGAAAAAGUUUCUAAUAUUCAAAAUCUUGCACAAGAAAUACAAAAUCAAUUAAAGUGAACUCUAACCAAAAGUUGUACACAAAAUAAAAAGCAAAACAAACCAGCGAAGAACAAUCACAAGAAGAGCAAAGUGCCAACAAAGUGCAGGAAGGAAGGAAGCGGAUAAGGACAAAAAGGAAGCCAGCACACACACACACACACCCACACAAUGGCCGUGCCCUUUUAUUUGCCCGAGGGCGGCGCCGAUGACGUAGCGUCGAGUUCAUCGGGAGCCUCGGGCAACUCCUCCCCCCACAACCACCCACUUCCCUCGAGCGCAUCCUCGUCCGUCUCCUCCUCGGGCGUGUCCUCGGCCUCCGCCUCCUCGGCCUCGUCUUCGUCCUCCGCAUCGUCGGACGGCGCCAGCAGCGCCGCCUCGCAAUCGCCGAACACCACCACCUCGUCGGCCACGCAGACGCCGAUGCAGUCUCCACUGCCCACCGACCAAGUGCUAUACGCCCUCUACGAGUGGGUCAGGAUGUACCAGAGCCAGCAGAGCGCCCCGCAAAUCUUCCAGUAUCCGCCGCCAAGCCCCUCUUGCAAUUUCACGGGCGGCGAUGUGUUCUUUCCGCACGGCCAUCCGAAUCCGAACUCGAAUCCCCAUCCGCGCACCCCCCGAACCAGCGUGAGCUUCUCCUCCGGCGAGGAGUACAACUUCUUCCGGCAGCAGCAGCCGCAGCCACAUCCGUCGUAUCCGGCGCCAUCAACACCGCAGCCAAUGCCACCGCAGUCAGCGCCGCCGAUGCACUGCAGCCACAGCUACCCGCAGCAGUCGGCGCACAUGAUGCCACACCACUCCGCUCCCUACGGUAUGGGCGGUAACUACUACGCCGGCUACACGCCGCCACCCACUCCGAACACGGCCAGUGCGGGCACCUCCAGCUCACCGGCGGCCUUCGGCUGGCACGGCCACCUCUACAGCCCCCUCACGUCGACCUCCACGCCGUUAUCGGCGCCAGUGGCGCCCAAGAUGCGCCUGCAGCGCAGCCAGUCGGAUGCGGCCAGACGCAAGCGAUUGACCUCGACGGGCGAGGAUGAGCGCGAGUACCAGAGCGAUCAUGAGGCCACUUGGGACGAGUUUGGCGAUCGCUACGACAACUUUACGGCCGGCCGGGAGCGUCUGCAGGAGUUCAAUGGACGUAUCCCGCCCCGGAAGAAGAAGAGCUCCAGUAGCCACUCGACCAGCAGCAAUAAUCCAGUCUGCCAUACCGACAGCCAGCCCGGUGGUACAUCCCAAGCGGAGAGCGGUGCCAUCCAUGGCCACAUCAGUCAGCAGCGACAGGUGGAGCGAGAACGACAAAAGGAGAAGGCCGAGAAGAAGAAACCACAGAGCUUCACUUGGCCAACUGUUGUGACCGUUUUCGUUUUGGCCAUGGGCUGUGGCUUCUUUGCGGCGCGAUGAAAGCGCAGGAGACGUGUAAUCGAAUGAUCUAUAGUGAAAUCAGCUAGCCCUUAAGAUAUAUGCCGAUCUAAACAUAGUUGUAGUUAAACCGUACAUAAGUGCAACGAAUUUAUUGAACUGCAGGAGCGAAAGCAGAAAGUCAUUAAUUCGUAAACGGAUUGUUAGAUACGCAAACAGCCAACAUACACGAAGAGUGUGCCUAUGUGUAUGCCUAUGAUUAAGAAGGUUGACGGGACACAAGAACAAUAUAUUCUAUUUGUCUAUGGUAACUGCAUUUGUAUUUCUAAACCGAACGAAAGAUAACAAUCUAAACUGCUCAAAGUAAUGAAAACUCUUAGACUGGCAAGAGACUCAAAUCACACUUAUUUUUUUGCUGAUGCAUAUUUUUGUACAACCUUUUGAGAGAUAUUUACAAAUUAUACUAGUACAAAAAAAGAGAGAGAGAUAAGCAAAAGAAAACUGCCACAUUUGAGAUACUUUUGAAAAUCUUUGAUUUGCAUUUAAUCAUUUCCACACUUGCAUUUUCAUAAGCAACCAACAAAAUUACUUCUAUUGUAGAACAAAGUAAACUGCAAUUUCAAUGUCUUCGCAUUUGUAAUUCCGAAUUGCAAGAAAAACAAAAAUAUUUUAAAUAUGUUUAACUAGUAGAAUUUUUUAAACAUAAGUCCACAAAAACAAGCACACACCUAGCUUUAAUUGUUGAAACAAAAGCGGAAAAAACGCAACAAAAAAAUGAAUGAAAAUCAUUAAAUUAAUUUUGUAUAUAGUUUUUAUGCCAUUUUUGUGAUGUUUUGUGUCUACGGUUUAUGUCAUGUUAUUUUAGUUAAAUUUCUUAUGAUUUAUGUUUAUUUGUAAUAUUUUUUGUCAUUGUUUGUUCAUCAUCAUAUUCAAAUUGGUCUCACAAUAUAAUAGUUUUAAGCUCCACGCCCAGGAGGUUGAUGGCAAAACGAUUGAAACUUGGCCAGAAGAGAGAUAGUUUUCCCAUUCGUACACAGUCUUUUUUGGAAUGCACAUUAAUGAUCUCUCACAAUGGAAAUUAAUGAAAAUUGAUCUCCGCAGCUAGCCAAAGUUAAAAAAGAAAUGAAGAGGAAAACAUAUUUUAUAGGCAAUUUUCACUAUAUGCUAGAAUUUCCCGGGCGUUUCAAUGCUAAUCGAAUACAGUGACAUGAAAGCAAACAUAGCGAAAAUAUUAAGAAAAUCAAUCAAAAAGAAAGAAAAACCAAUUCCCAAAAAUCGCAUUGAUCUCAUGGAUUUAUACAAUACAAUUACAUCAACCGUUUUUUACAAUGAGAAAUGUUAUAAAUAGCAGAAAGUGAAACACAGAAACAUAAACAAAAAUUAACGAAAAGCUUAGAAUUAAGUUCGCCAAGCGUUUUAGUUCUACUUUCUAGAAUGUCUAAGUCGGUUUAGUGAGUUUAUUACGCUGUCUUCGGACACAAGUUUACUUGUAUAUAAAGCAAUAUUAUUUGUGUAGCCUAAGUGACAGUCCCAAUCAAAUCCAAUCCAAUCCAAUAUCACCCAGUCCCGGACAUUUCCCAGCAAAACAAUAGACUAUUUUCGCGUUCACAUGUAUCAAUCUUAAUUUGAAUUACCACAAAACAAUGAAAUACUACAACCAUACCCAAAUGAAAAAUUAUUUUUGUAAAUUGUUUGCAUCAAGUGAGCAGGGGAUUAAAUUAGGGAACCAUCCUUGCUUUAUCCCCUGCUUAUUGCUAAUUAGUUUUCACGAUGAUCUCGGUAAAGUUUUGUGGCCUUGCGCCCAAAAGUCGUACAGAUUUUUGGUUUGCCAUAAAAACUCGAACAAAAAGUUAAA